AGGUCUGAGGGGCUGGACGAUGUGCUGCUUUGGACCUUGGCACCUUUGGAGGAGGACGAGGAGACCAAUGUUGGCCUGCAAGGCAAAGGUGUGAUUGUGGGCUACACCAAUCUCUGGAAGACCUGGGGCACCAAGCUGACAAGCCUGGCGCUGGACUUGGGAAUGCUGCUUAGCCAGGAGGAUGGCAUGGCAUCUCCAAAAAGAGGCUCCAAGAAGAAGAAACCGGCAGCAAAGAAAGCCGCCGCAAAGAAAGCUGCCAAGGACACACUGGGCAAGCCAAGCGAGUCAGCGAAGCCAGCAGAAAUGGCAGAAGGAAAGCCAGAGGAAAAGCUGGAGGAGAAGUCAGCAGAGAAGGCAGAGGAGAAGUCAGCAGAGAAGGCAGAGGAGAAGGCAGGACAGAAGGCAGAGGAGAAGCCAGGAGAGAAGGCAGAGGAGAAGCCAGGAGAGAAGGCAGAGGAGAAGCCAGGAGAGAAGGCAGAGGAGAAGCCAGGAGAGAAGUCAGAGGAGAAGCCAUCAGUGCCACACACCGAGAAAGAGGCGCCAACCCAAAGCCAAGAGCAGGCAAAACCAGGAGCGAAUGCCGACGAGGCAUCCAAGCCAAGCCCCUCUCAGGAUCCAGCGGAGCCCAAACCUGAGGCAUCACCAUCAGCAAGAACUGCGGUGGCAGAGGAUCCGGAACCAGGACGGCCUGCGCGGAAAACCAAGCCCGGCCAAGCGCCGCGCAAGGUGCCCUUUGGCGCCCGCUUGCAGCCGGUCACUCGUCCUGCUCAGGAAGGGAACGAGAAGCCAAGGCCCAGGUUCGUGCUGAAGCGGGCCAUGCCAAACCUUUCCUGUACACUAGGGGCAGCACCAGGCCACAAGUUUCGGCAUCCUGAUCCCGAGGAACUGGCAAAGGAGUACCCGCUGAUCCACAAGGCUCUGGAAGUGGCACGCCGUGGCCGGCAGAAGCACUGGGACCUGAAAGAAGAUUCGGCUGGUCGGAGUCAGGAAAGUCUCGCACAAUCCCCCGAAGCAAAGGGGUCAGGACCUGCAGAGAACGUGCCAGAGGUGCAGCAAGAGGCGCAGCCAGAGGCACAGCCAGAGGCACAGUCAGAGGCACAGCCGGAGGCACAGCCAGAGGCACAGCCGGAGGAGCAAAAGGCGGCGGCUUAGGGAGUGGAGUUUCUAAGGAGGUUAAACUGCAUAGAGACAACCCGACAACCCUAUUCCUGACCCUGCAAGGACACAUGUUUUCGGCGGCUUGCAUUAGGCACCAAUAGCCACCAUAUCCUUGAUACCAGUUGGACUGCCCGAGACCGACGUUUGUCCAUUUAAGGACACGUCAUUUGCGUUUACAUCCCCCCGUUGGGGCUGCAGGUUUUCUACUGCCUCAUGUCGCCGAAGGCGAGAUACGGCAAAUUAAUUCAGGUGCCACGGCGGCAGAGAUAUGUACCU